AUGGCCCGCUCGGGCCCUUUGCUGCUGGCGCUUCUGACCUGGUGCGCACUGAGGCCCCUCGACCUAACCUGGGUCGCGCCCCUCCGUGGUGCUUCGAAGACACGGUCUCCAGGACGUCUACCUUUGCUCGCGUCGGCGCCCUCCACGUCUACAUCUACCGGUGGUGCAACCGACACGGUGCAGGAGCUGAAAUGGAAGCUCUUGCGCUUGGCGGCCGCACUGGACCGAGGUCAAGCCUACAAUCCCACUUCCGGGGAGUACUACGCCGAGCGCAUGGCCGUGGCGCGGGGGCUUCUGAAGGAGCUGUUGCCGCAGUCGCCGGCGCUGCCCGCUAGCCUCGAGGCUCUGGACGGCGAAUGGGAACUAGUCUUUUCCACCGUCAAGCACGGCAUCUUUAGGUCCUCGCCCUUCUUCCUGGCCGUACAGGAGGCCUUUGGGGAAGCAGAGAAGUCCGAGCUUUUCUUCAAGCUGCACGAACUGCAGGUCAUGUCCUGGGGGGCCUCAAAGGUGGGCCGCGUGGCCCAGUUCAUCAACGCGACCGAGGGGCUGUUAUACAGUGAGUUUGACACGUCCCUUCUUUCCAUGACAGUCAUUCCAAUUCUUGGAUGGUGGAAGCUCUUGCCGACCUUCGGCGGCUGCGUCGUCACGGUGUCCAAUGUGACAAUGGCGGAGAAUCGAUUGGACAUGGAGGUGCAGUAUACGGAGGCCAAGGAGGUCCCGGGGCUGCCUCCCCUGGCAGACUUCGUCAUGGGCAAGAGAGCCCCGGUGAAUGCUGUGUGGCAGCUUCUGCCUUGGAACGGCGGUCGUAAGCCGACCUGCUCCGUGGAGCUGAAGUAUCUUGACGAUGAUAUGCGCAUCGUUGCUGACCGUGAUGGUGAGAUGUUCGUGUAUGUCCGACCCGUGGAUCCACGAGGAAUGUGA